GCCUUGUUUCUUGUUUGUGUGUGUCUGUCUUAAACCCAAGAAAGGCGUUUCAAGCGAAGGAAUUCAUGCAGCAAAAUAUUUUACUCGAUCCCAGUAUUCGCGACUGGGUACUUCUACCUCUUAUCGCGAUUGUCAUCUUUAUGGGAAUUUUGAGGCACUAUGCAACUCUCCUCUUAACGUCCAAGACUAAUGUUAAUAUGACAGCACUGUGCAAUUCAAAUAUAGCGAAUUAUGCGCGUUUGCUGGUUCAGUCUGGAAAUAACCUUCCACCAGCGGCCUACAAAAAGCGCGUUGAAGAGCUACUGAAUCAUGAUCUGAAAAAAAAGGUCCCCCCACCAAACCCCAUGCAGAUGAUGAACGACCCCAACAUGAUGAUGGGCCUCUUGAAAAACCAGUUUAUGUCAUUGGUUCCCAACAUUGGUAUGAUGAUGCUUGUUUCAAACUUUUUCUCCGGAUUUGUCGUCGCGAAACUUCCCUUUCCGUUGUACCAGCGUUUUCGCGGCAUGAUGCAGCGUGGAGUGGAUAUCGAUGACUUAGACUGCACCUACGUCACGUCUUUGAGUAUGUACUUUCUCAUUAUGUUUGGAAGCCAAGGAAUUCUACAGCUUAUGCUCGGCCAAGAUGCCACGGCGAACGACCAGGCCGUUAUGAUGCAGCAGAUGCAGGGAGGUAGCGCACCAGGGCAGCCUGUUGAUUAUGCUAACGUUUUUAAACAGAUGUCAGGGGAGUUGGAGUUUAUGAAGGAACGUCAUAAGUGGAGCUAUGCUGAUGCGCCUAAAACACUUCUAAAGGAAUGGCGAACAGCCAAAAGACAGGCUAAUAGGAAGAAUUGGAACAAGUAGAGGAGUGUGUAGAGUUCUUUUUUUGCAGCAUUUUCUGAAAAUACUAAUUAAAUCGUUGUUUUUUUGUUGUCGAAAAAUCACUCGCUUGGACCGCUUUUUGUGUGGAUUUUCCACUUCCCACUUUCGUAAAACUAUCAUCUAACAAUCUUCUGGAUGUUAUGGAAACGUACACAUCUGAUGUGUAAUAAUAACUCAUCAGGGGCUAUAUG